UUCGUCGUGGUGCUAAGGGUCUGAACACCAGGACUGGAACAUAAAGACAGCAGGAUGGCCCGGCCGUAGACCAUCGAGUCCACCUCCUCCGGGAUGGAGAUAUACGAAGCCUGGGGCUUACGACAUCAUCCAGCCUAAACAGCAUCUUUCUCGGCGGCAAGCCCCCAGAUCGAUGGCUUCGAAUUCCACAGCUCCCACAGCCGAAGGACCGAAGCCCGACCAGUUUGCCCAGCCUGUUGCACCGACACCAGAGGAGUUGGCGCUACUUCCUCACGACAAUGCGGGAAUUCGGCUCAACAUUGUGAUUUGGGUGUUGAUCGGCCUUUCGGGCGCGUUUCUUGGGCUUCGUGUUUAUUGCAAGUUCUCCCGGCGCAAAGGGCUAUGGUGGGACGAUAUCAUGUUGAUAGGAGCAUGGAUCUGCCUUAGCGUCGAAUCUGCAUUGCUCACCGCGAUGACCCGUCUCGGCUACGGUCUCCAUAUCUGGGACUUUGAUGUGGUCAACAACAUGGCUCCCCUGCUGCUGCUUGUCAACAUGGCCGGCUCAUUCUCCGCCACUGCAGCCAUUUGGUCCAAGACAAGCUUCGCCAUUACACUGCUCCGACUCACUCAUGGGUGGAUGAAGUGGUUCCUGUGGUUCAUCAUAAUCACCAUGAACAUAGCCAUGGGGCUGACGGCGCUGUUUCCCUGGGUCAACUGUACACCCAUCCGCAAGUCAUGGGAGGUAUUUACCCCGGGAGAGUGUUGGGAUCCUACCGUGACGGUAAACUACAACCUUUUCUCGGCUUCCUACUCGGCGUUGAUGGAUAUCACGCUGGCCCUGCUUCCGUGGUCGGUGGUGUGGAAGCUCCAGAUGAAGAAAACGGAGAGGUUCGGAUGUGCUUUUGCGAUGAGCAUGGGUGUCUUCGCGGGUAUUACUGGCAUCAUUAAGACAACCAAGAUUCCGAGCAUGUUGUCCUCCGACUUUGCCGAUGGUGUCGACCUCUUCAUCUGGGGUAACGCCGAGAGCGCCAUUACGAUCAUUGCCGCCAGUAUUCCCAUUCUUCGCGUGCUGAUUCGGGAUGCCACCAUUUCGCAUCGCUACUACAAGUCUGAGGACAGCAAGGCGAUCGAGCUCAAGAUGUCGUCUAGUGAAGGCAAGCGCUCAAGGACAAUGACUGACUCUGAGAACAACUUGGUCGUGACCGUGUCUGUGGGCCCCAACAAGGUCCUGUCAGACGGGUGCCCCCCGAUGAUGGACAAGAAGAGCGUCGGAGACGAUUGGAGAGGGCCACGGACGACUGGGCAGAUUGUGCGCACCGAGGACUUUUCGCUUGAAUAUCACAAUCGUAAGAGCAUGACGAAUGAUUCGAUCUAGGCGGAGAGCGGUGCUGCGAUGUAGCGACAUAGCGAUGUAGUGAUGCCGAGAUUGGUGGUUUUUAGGAGAAGAGAAGCCCACUCGUUGGAUGUUGUUCCCUUUGUAUCAAGCGUUUGUAAGACUAUCAGAAGUGUGUUAUAGCCCUAACUGGCCAAGACCGUACCAUAAGACAAUCUUCAUGCAUCAGUGUUAGGG